AUGGAAACGUGUACUUUGAGAAUCACAGACCAGGUCGUACUUGUAGUACUUUUCACUCUUUUAAAAUCUCUCGAUGGAACCUUGACGCCGAGAACGGCUACGGACUCCACACUGAUGUCCCGAGGUUAUUUUUUAGUACCUUCUACUGAUUUAUCUGAAACUGCUCUGCCAAAGGAGUUGACUACUUCCAUGACUGAGUAUACUAAGGGGACUUCUACAGACUUUGGGGACUCUUUGGUUGGAAUUACAGAUGUUCACCGGAGCUUUUCGGAGGAGUUAUACACCGAAAUUAAAUCGGCCACAGAGCAGAAGACCUAUAUCUCUACAGCAAGGUCAUCAGAAGACCACACAACUUCAGCAAGGUCAUCGGAAGACCACACAACUUCAGCAAUGUCAUCUGAAGACCACACAACUACAGCAACGUCAUCUGAAGACCACACGACUACAACUACAGCAACGUCAUCUGAAGACCACACGACUACAACUACAGCAACGUCAUCUGAAGACCACACGACUACAGCAACGUCAUCUGAAGACCACAGAACUACAACUACAGCAACGUCAUCUGAAGACCACAGAACUACAGAAACAUCAUCUGAAGACCACAGAACUACAGAAACAUCAUCUGAAGACCACAGAACUACUGACCACGACACAGAGUCUUCAAACUCCCGCACCGCUUGGACUUCGGACAGCAGCACAGAGCGAGAGCGUAUAGACUUCACUCGUCUGCUUCCCAGCUUCUCCCAGGGUGGCCACACCUUCCUGGAUGCUCGGACCAUUCGGGACACCCCAAGUGUGAGCUGGCCAUCGACCAGUGAUCUGGACGCCCCCUCGCAGACCGACAGCACGUAUGUCUCCUCCACCAUGAGCCGGGUGGGAGAGCGCACCCUGCUGUCCAUCACCUCCAACAGCACCUCCACGUACACCUCAGAGGACUCCAGUUUAUCAGACGCCAGUUCUAAGGCCUGGGGGGACAGCACUGGGGCAACCUUCCAUGGCAGGGUGACCGGUAAGGGCGACAGCACCACGUCUCAUGGGUUUGAUCUGACGGCUGCUACCUCAGACUCCCAGCACACCACCAACAGCACUGAGACUGGGGAGUCCUCCGAGACUGAAGGGCCCAAUCUGUCCACAUGGACGCAGUCUCAGACCAGCCAGAACAACAUUACUCAGCAGGGUUUUGAGCAGACAUCCGAGACUGGUGUAAUCUUCAGCUCCACACCACCGCUUACCGUGGUCAACAACAGAGGGCAGGGGACAGACGUGACUGACCGUGACAGCCGCACCUACAGCAGCGGGACGUCCCACACCGAGUGGCAGGGGGGCGUCGGGGCGUCCACAUCCCCGUUCUUGUCCUCAGAGAGCAGCCACACCGAUAUGUCCCAGCCGGACAGCGUUGAGAGGACGGUUACGCGUGUCCAUGACGGCGAGCUGUCCACUGAGCCCUCUACCGGCUCCAUUAGCACGGGGAGACGCGAGGACACGGAUGGCGUCCAGCCACUCACCGAGGAGGGGACGACUCACGUCCUGGGCCUGACCACUACUUCUCCCAGGGUCAGGGGAGGCCCCACCGCUCGGGACGACUCGCACUACAAGCCCUUCACCCCCGAGACGCAGGGCCCCACGGAGCCUAGCGAAGCGCUACCCUCCACGGCUUCAGAGCCAGCCACCCAGAGUCCACAUCAAACGGAGCGGGACGGAGCAGGAGAGAGGGACACCCAGGGGGUGCCCACUGAAGCCCCCAGCACCAGCGCCUCCGCUCCAGCCACCUCCACCUCCACCUCCCCCACCCCCCUCACCACCCGCCAGCUGGAACCCAGCUCCACGGCGGAGACCCACACCCCACGCACCACCAUCGUCACCACGGACACCACGCAGGGGCCGACUCAGAGCACCCCCUUCACCCCGGCUCGGCAGCCUGACUCCAGGACCAGGGGUCCCCACACCCACAGCCCGACCGGCGGGGAGCACACAGAGACGGGGGUUCUGUCCACAGACGUGACCACGCUGCACCUGGAGACCAGCACGGCCACUCCGGGCAACACCACGGCCCAGCGCAGUCCCACCACCGCCUCCUACAGCAAGAGCGCCCCCACCAGGGCCCCCGAGGCCACUACGGCCGGCCACACGCCGGGCCGCACCACCGUCCAGCCUGAGGCCACCACCACGCAGAUGGCCGUCACGUCUGCUACGCCUGUUCCAGGGCUUCCAUGUGGCUCACAGUUUUGUGCCAACGGGGGAACGUGUGUGAGACUCGCUGGGAACACGGACAGCUGCGUCUGCCUCCCAGCAUGGACAGGACCCACAUGCACAAAGGAUGUGAAUGAGUGUGAGACUAACCCCUGCCCUCCCGGCUCCACGUGUGUCAACACCAACGGCUCCUUCAGCUGCGAGUGCCCCCUCGGCUCCGACCUGGAGAACGGCCGGGAGUGCACCAAGGUGAAGGCCUUCCUGGGCUUCUUCAGUGUCAACAGCACACAUUCCAACUCGCUGCAUGAAAUUGAAGGAGAGAUAAAACAUCUGCUGAACGCUUCCCUCUCCAUUCUACGGGGUUACAUUCGGUCCUCUUGUUAUCGUAAUAGAACCCUCCGAAAUGGCAGUGAGGAGUGGAGCAUCAGGGCUGUGAACAUGUUUUCCAUCUCGGCCGACGUGAAUAGAACCGUCGUCUACAACAGCAUCCAGGUGGCCCUGAGGAACUGCAGCCGCAACCCAGCGCACUGCCGUGUGCACGAGUACAAACUCUCCUAUCACGUGGAGAGCCUGUGCAAAGAGCAGAGCCAUGAGUGUGACCCUGACCGCUCCGUCUGCAGGGACGACAGUGGCACCCCGUACUGCGAGUGCCGGGAGGGCUACUACAAACACCACGAUCAGGACAAGACUUGUCUAGCUUGUGGUGAUGGCUAUCAACUGAAAAAUGGCGUCUGUGUCAAUUGCACAUUUGGUUUUGGAGGAUUCAACUGCACAAAUUUCUACAAGCUGAUCGCCAUAGUAGUGUCGCCAGCCGUUGGAGGUCUUCUCCUGAUUCUGACCAUUGCUCUCAUAGUGACUUGCUGCAAGAAGGACAAAAAUGACAUCAACAAAAUCAUUUUCAAAAGUGGAGACUUACAGAUGUCUCCAUAUGCUGACUUCCCCAAGAGUAACCGCGUCUCUACGGAGUGGGGCAGAGAAACCAUAGAGAUGCAGGAGAAUGGCAGCACCAAGAAUCUCCUGCAGAUGACCGACAUCUAUUACUCUCCGGCCUUACGUAACUCGGACCUGGAGCGGAACGGCCUCUACCCUUUCUCUGGACUGCCUGGCUCGCGCCACUCCUGCAUCUACCCUGCUCAGUGGAACCCCUCCUUCAUAUGCGAUGACUCGCGCCGCCGGGACUACUUCUGACUGAGCUCCUAGCGCAGGGUGGCAGGAGGCGGAGGGGGUGCUCAAUCAGAGGACACGCGUCUUCCCUCGAAUGAAACUCGGGCAGAACAGGACUUGGGUUUUAAAUUGACCACUGCUCACCAGGCAAUGUGAAGCAUUACAGGCUGGAAAUGUAGAUAAUGGAGGAGUUAUUAUUAUUAUUAUUAUUAUUAUUUGCCUGUGGAAAGAGAGGAUGUUGGACGUGCCUAAGUUUAAAAUCUCAAGGUGACUAUCAAAAGAAUGUGAAAAUAAUGUGACAAGUUAACAAGCCGAACCUGUUUUUUGCAAACAACUAUUCAGUAUUAGUAAAUCCAGGUUUACACUAAGGACUUUCCCAAAAGCUGUAGUGUAUCUCUGAAGCCAUAAAUCUAAAAGGUAUUUAUAAUAGUGUUAAGGAAUGUGAAACGUUGUUGUUGUGUAAUUGUGUGUGUUUGUGUAUGUGCACACGCUUGUGUGCUUGUGUAUGUGUACGUGCACAUAUCCGUGUGUUUAUUUGGCAGAAAACGUAUGUAGCAGUGAUGUGUUGAGCAAUGAAAAAUAGCCCUAACAUUUGUAUUAGGUCUUCCAUUGCAUACUGUGGAAAUGUGCGUUUGUUUGUUGAUCAUGAGGAGUUUGGAUUUCACAAGAAUAGGCUGAGAACACAAUCAUCAGUGCCAUGAUCCCAUAGUCAUUAAGAUCUCAUUUGAAUGGGAGACGGACUGGACAGCCAAAGUUUUGUCAUGAACACUAAAAAUAUUAGUAUUUAAAUGAUCAGUUUGUCAUCUGGAGGGCUGCUGAGGGACUAUUGGUUGAUUUAUUAUAUAAAUAAAUGAUCUAGGUUUACUAGAAAAUCUUAGAUGAACAAGAAGCCUCUUCAGAAAGUAAGAGCAUAGUUUGUCACCAUGUCAGUUUGUAGAGAGUUCCCAGAGCCUGGGCUAGAGGACCUGUGUUGAGACCCCUCGUCCACACACAUCUACUUCUAUGUGCAUGUGUGUGUGUGUGUGUGUAUGUUUGUGUGUGUGUAGUAAGGACAUGUCGAUCAGAUGUACUAUAUUUGUACCCACAGAAGCCUGUUAUUUUGUCUGAGGAAUCCAUUGUCCUUUUGUUUGUGUGCUGUGGAUUACUCUGGCGUUUUAGUCAGACAUGUAUAUUUAAAGAAUAAAACAUAAAUUGUU